ACCGUCAGCCCCCGGAGGCAGGGCUCGUUCGGCAUCUGUCACGGCAGGGCGGCCGGCGCGGAGCCGGGGCUGCCGGCGGCCCCAUGAGCAGCCGGCGGGGCCGAUCUUCCCGCUGGGCAUGAGCCACCCCCGCUAGGGCCGGCGCGAAGCGGAGCCUCCGGCGGGGCAGGAUGACCCAGAUGCUGCACGCUGCGGCCCGCAGGGUGCCAUGGACCAGGGCGGGCGCCGCGAAGAGGGCUGCGUGCCUGCUGGCCGCGGCGUACGGGCUCAGGAUCCUCUAUCCCAUCAUCCGCCGACGCGUGAGGCGGGCGGGCGGCAAGGGCGGCUCGCAGGAUGCCGGCCCGGCUGAGCGGGGCCGGGACGCGCCGCACCGCGGCAAAGCCUCGCCGGCCGUGAACGCGGAGUUUUUCAGGCAGCUGCUGGAACUUCGCAAGCUGUUCUUCCCAAAGCUGGUGAGCACCGAGCUGGGCUUGCUCUGCCUCCACUCUUUCGCUCUGGUUUCCAGGACCUUCCUCUCCAUCUAUGUAGCCGCUCUCGAUGGGAAGAUUGUGAAAAGCAUCGUAGAAAAAAAUCCCAGGAGCUUUGCUUUCAAGUUAAUCAAAUGGCUGAUGAUUGCAAUCCCGGCCACUUUCGUGAACAGCACCAUACGGUACCUGGAGUGCAAGCUGGCCCUCGCCUUCCGCACGCGCCUGGUGGAUCAUGCCUACGAGACCUACUUUGCCAACCAGACUUACUACAGGGUGAUCAGCAUGGAUGGGCGGCUGGCCAACCCCGACCAGUCCCUCACGGAGGACAUCAUGAUGUUCUCGCAGUCCGUGGCACAUCUCUACUCCAACCUGACCAAGCCCAUCCUGGAUGUCGUGCUCACCUCCUACACCCUCAUCCGCACAGCGCGGUCCCGGGGGGCGAACCCCAUCGGGCCCACGCUCCUGGCUGGGCUCGUCGUCUAUGCUACGGCCCGUGUGCUCAAAGCCUGCUCGCCCAAGUUUGGCAAGCUGGUGGCUGAGGAGGCUCACAAGAAGGGCUACCUGCGCUUCAUGCAUUCACGCAUCAUUGCCAAUGUGGAAGAGAUCGCCUUUUACCGAGGACACAAGGUAGAAAUGAAACAACUGCAAAAAAGCUACAAGGCUUUGGUAGAUCAAAUGAAUCUCAUUUUAUCCAAACGUUUAUGGUACAUCAUGAUAGAGCAGUUCCUGAUGAAGUAUGUUUGGAGUAGCUGUGGUAUGAUUAUGGUUGCUGUGCCCAUCAUCACUGCAACAGGCUUUGCAGAUGAACUGGAAGAUGGCCAGAAACAGGCGAUGGUUAGUGAAAGAACAGAAGCUUUUACUACAUCACGAAACUUGCUGAUCUCUGGGGCAGAUGCUAUUGAGAGGAUUAUGUCUUCCUACAAAGAGGUUACUGAGCUAGCAGGCUACACUGCCCGUGUCUACAAUAUGUUUUCGGUCUUCGAUGAGGUGAAGAGAGGCAUCUACAAAAGAACUGUUGUUAUGCAAGGGUCUGAAAACAACAGCAAGAAUGAAGAUAAAGCAGAAUCACACAUCAAUGGGCCCUUGGAAAUCAAAGGGAAAGUUAUUGAUGUUGAUCAUGGAAUUAUUUGUGAAAAUGUUCCUAUUAUUACUCCGAAUGGUGAUGUGGUGGUUUCCAGACUAAACUUCAAAGUCGAGGAGGGGAUGAAUCUUUUAAUCACUGGACCUAAUGGCUGUGGAAAGAGUUCACUCUUCAGAAUUUUAAGUGGUUUGUGGCCUGUGUAUGAAGGAGUCCUCUACAAACCUCCUCCAGAGCACAUGUUUUAUAUACCACAAAGGCCCUACAUGUCCAUUGGAACACUGCGUGAUCAAGUCAUCUAUCCAGACUCAGUGGAUGACAUGCACAAAAAAGGCUACCAAGAUCAAGAUCUGGAGUGUAUCCUGCAUAUGGUUCAUCUGUACCACAUAGUUCAAAGAGAAGGAGGCUGGGAUGCCAUCAUGGAUUGGAAAGAUGUCUUGUCAGGAGGAGAAAAACAGAGGAUGGGCAUGGCUCGGAUGUUUUACCACAGGCCAAAAUACGCAUUGCUGGAUGAAUGCACAAGUGCUGUAAGCAUUGAUGUCGAAGGAAAAAUAUUCCAAGCUGCAAAAGCUGCUGGGAUAUCCCUGCUUUCUAUAACACACAGACCUUCUCUUUGGAAGUACCACACUCAUUUGCUGCAGUUUGAUGGACAAGGCGGUUGGCGUUUCGAGCAGUUGGACACUGCAAUCCGUUUAUCACUGAGUGAGGAAAAACAGAGACUGGAAUCACAACUUGCAGGAAUUCCUAAAAUGCAGCAGAGACUGAAUGAACUGUGUAAAAUCUUGGGAGAAGACUCAGUGCUUAAAACAAUGGACAAAGAGGAAUAAAUAAUUUAUGGUUUAUGUUUUUAAAAAUAUUUUUUUAGUUAAAAGCAUCACAGAUUCAGCCAUUAUCCUUUGCAUGCAUUGUGAUAGAGGCUUAGAGCAUAGAGAAACUGCCAGCAGAAAAUAAUGCUCUGAAUGCUACAUAAGACUUCAGCAUUUUAGUAUUAAGGAAGAAAGUGGUUGAACUGUGAAAAGAAAAUAAGCAAGUGCAGAGAGUAUCAGAUUAGUCAUUGCAGCUUAUGUUAAUUCCUAGUGAAAGCCCAAUUCACUGCAAAAGACUGCCAACACCCUUAGGUUUGGGAGGUGAAUUUUUGCCUGAGACUUGGCCUGCAGAAUGUGGUCUUGUACUAGGUCACUGUGUGCGUAUGAUAUGCCUGCUACACAGAGCAAACCUGGCAUGAAACUCAGGCAUGGAGCACAGCAGAGGCAGCAUCUGGGUGAUAUGCAGAUGCAUGCAAAAAUCUGAUUUGGGUAUAAGAAACAUUCUUUCAGCCCAUGUAAAACUAAACUCCCAUUCUACUACUGAAUUGCAUACACACCUUUCCCUGCAUUUCCAUAGGAAGUAACAUUGGGCUGGCCAGAAGACAACUCUCCAAGCAACCCACUGCCCUGGCGACAGAGAAGCAAAUAGUUACUAUGUAAUAUACUUGUGCUGUACUUUAUGCCAUUAUGCAUAGCUUUGGAGGCUCUGUGCCCUUCAUGAUACAUCAGUUCCUUUGGGGGAUUUUUUUUAUGUUCCCUAUUCAGUAACCUCUGGUGGGGGAAUGUAGCAGUGGGUCUGGCAUCAAGUGACUGAGUUUUCACUUGUCUGAGUCAUUCAUCAACUCCAUGGUCUGAUCCAGCCAGCAUCCAUCUCUGACCCAGUUCCUCUGUUGGCAAAACCACAGUGUAGAUGCUUGUUUGCUCCAUGAGGCACUUUGUCAUGGGAAGGACUGUAGGAGAGGAAAAUGUCAGUUUCUAACAAUACACUGAAUUUACAGGCACGGCUGUCCUGCCAAUUUAAAUGCUCUGCACUUAUAAAGGUCUGUGAAAAGUUAGAGCAUUUUAUAACCACUAAUUGAUAUGCCUGCUGUAUUUUGGUAGAGUGGCUGAACACUUCCCUCCCCAUGAGCAAACAUGCCAGUUGACAGCUUUGCUUUCAGUCUCAUUCACUGUCCAAUCUGCUUUUGAGUUCAGUAGAAACUUUGUCCCUUGUCAGGCAGGUGUUUUAAACAGAAACGCGUAAGACAGUGCUGGGCUGAGUGCCUUGAUGGAGGUAAAACCUGGUGAAUUAGAAAUACAGAUGGGAAUGGAUUUGAGAGCUCCCGGUCUGCUCUCUUUGACUGCAAGUGCACCGCAAAUGGCCAGCUCAGGAGUGAAGAUCAGGGUCUGCUGAUGGAUAAAUGAGCCUUAGCUGAAAUGUAGCAAUCCUGAAGUUUCUUUGUUCUUUUUUCCUAGAAGAAGUAUGAUUCCUUAGAAGAUUUCUGUCUGGUGUGUUUAGUCUGAGAGGGACAAUGCAUAAGUUCUUUAUAACUGUUAAAAAAGAGGAGAAAAAUGUUGGUGGUAUUUGCUGAGCUGGGAAUGUUUGAGCACCCUCAAGUUAAUAUAAACUGUUUCCCUUUUCUGAUCUUUUCAUGAACAAGGGAAAGGUGAAUUAACUCCAUCUGCCAAAUCCCAGUCGAGUGCACUAACCAUUAGCCCAUCUUCCUUCUCAGUGUGUGUGUUCAUCUUCCUGGGUUUACAGUUCCCCAGAAGCACUUGAAACAGAACAUGGAGUAAGUCUGCUCCCUGUCCUGCUCCUCCAGAGACUGUGACUUGAAUGUAACCCUGUGCUUGUCCUGGCAACAGCAGUUUGUUCCUCUCUUUUAUUUUUUUUUUCCUGUAGAGUCCCCUGGGAUAUCUCACUGACAUAGCAAGGAAUGCUCUUGGGAACCUUUGAAAAGGAUGAGAAAUUAAGGUUUAAGAGAAUAAGAUGUUGUGUUGUAAAGUGCAGACUGGAGGUCACUGCUAUGGCAGAUGACAUGUGCAUGCGUUUUAAUUGGCAAGUGUCUCUGCUUGUCCUUCUCCCUGAAGGCUAGCUUUCUUCUGUCUCAUCUUCAAAGAAAAAUUCAGAGCUGCUAAGGAAAAAAAGGAGUCAGCCAAGAAUCUGUUCUCAGUGAGCAUAAAUGAGAUGACUGAUGAUUUUAAAGGCUUGUACAUUUAUGAGUUAUGUUUCUAUAAGUCAGUGAUGAAUCAGGCAUGCCCCAUGUGCAUGUCCUCAUCCCAGCUGCACUGGGACAAGUGCAAGCACAGAGCAGCAACAAAAAGUGGUGAACAAUUGGCCCAAUUCAGCACAGCUCCAGGUAUGGCCCUGCCUACUCUCAGCCUCCCACCAAAGCUCUGCCUUGGUGCUUGACUUGUUGGGAACCAUAAUGGGCAAGUGCAGCACCUGAAAUCGUUGUACUGCCUGGUAGAGAUCAAAGCUGACUAUCCCUCACAGCACAACAGAAACGUCUUCUGAGGAAACCAUAUUCAGAAGAAAGUUUGUUUCCUGUUUUUUUAAUGAAAUUAUGCAUAAAACAUACAAAAGAUAUGUACAUUACUGAUGACAUUUUAAUGAAAACUGAAAUUGCACCGGGAUGAAUGUAAUAGUAAUUUUCUUGAAGUUUAGUGGUUUUGGAUCCAGUAAGAGACUUAACCAUUCCCAUUCUGUAAUAAGUGUAAAAUACCCUAGCAUCUUGCUCAGCUUUGUACAUUCUUAUAGACAUGACAGCAACAUUAGAGGCUGGUAUGAGAAGAAACCCUUCUCUCAAUAGGAGCUUUCUGGAUAAUACUGAGCCAGUUUUAGAAGGGUUUUCUGCAGCAGUGGCUCAUUGUUUUUAAAGUUAGUUUUGUGGCUGGAAAAGAAGCUGCCCUGGAGAUGUUCUCUGUGAACUUUCUGAGUUGUUCCAAAGGCUAACUGAGAUGGGAAUCUCCUGUUCUGUUUCUGGAGAAUUUUACCUCUGGUGUAAUACAGGGCAUAAGCCAGCUCAUUUUGUGCUGCUUUGGACCCAGCCAGGAGAGCAAGAGCAGAGGUGUUUGCUCCCUGCUCAGGGAGAAGCUCAGGGAGACACUGUUCUGGAGCCAAGGCAUGGGGAGCACUUGGCCCUUGCAGUGCAAAAGGGUCAGAGCAGAGCAGGAUGCCUUGUUGGAAUCCUUUUUUUGUGGUGCAGUGAUAGCUGCUCAUCAAUGUUAAUUCUUUUUCUGGUGUUCAGGAGCUGUGACUCCCUGGAAGGACCUUUUGGCCUUCCUUCUGCCAGUCAUAUCUAGCUGGAGCUGAUCAUAUCCAUCCUGUUGUGUCACAGCAUCUAUGCAAUUCAGGGCUGGAUACUGCAAAGCCUCCUGUGAGACCCCUCUCAUCCCCCAGGACUCAGGGCAGACUGAAUUUGCCUGGGGCUGCAUCCUGGAGGAGUGCAGGUGCUGAGCAAAAUUCAUACCAGUCUCAAGCAUGGGGUAACCGUACAAUAAAACUACGAAGUACCCUCAUCAGUUUGUUUAGAUAAUGUUAGGGUUUUUUGCAAGAAUCUUCAGAAUGGGAGGUAACAUUUUUUGUGUGUGGGUUUUCAGUAUUUUAACCUAGGAGGAGUUUGUUUUUCACUUACUUUUGGGACCAGACUCAUUCCUGUUUUAGACUUGGAAGCCCUCACUCUGCAGAGGCAGAAAGCCUCACAUAUCUUUUAAAUCAGGUUUUUUUUAAACCAAUGGGGUUUGUAUUGGAGUGAGGAAGGAAGGACUGGGUAUUCAAUGGGAUAUUUUAGGGAAAAUUGCAAUUAAAAUUACAUCCUAAAGCAAAUUAACACAUCUACAGUCCCCUCAGUAUGUUUGAGUGUUGAUAAUGCAUGUCAAAGUCAAGUUUACAAGCCUGUGAUCAGAGAUUUAAAUCAUAUAUAGAAAGAAACCCCCCCUACUGAGCUGUUCAUGAAGCUUAAGAGAAUUGAACUGCUAAUCAAAUGUGUCUUUGUUUUGUUUAUGUUUGAUAUUAAUGCCUUUUAAGUGCAGACAAUUUAUAAAGCAAUAAAUUAUGCUUUACAGUUGUAAUUUAUUCCAACCUCAAAUAAAACACGUUGCAUUUA